AAAUAGAUAUUGCGACAAUCGAAACAUUUAUCAAGAAGGCUUAUACAGACGUUUUUUGGGGUAUUAAUUUUGACUGGAAAACACGUUUAUCUUUCAAGUCGUAUCAGGAAAGGACUGAUCUUAAAUUAAACAAAAUGAAUCUGCCUUACGUCAUUGGAAUUUCGGCAGCUUUGGUAAGCAUAGCGACUUGUCAAAGUCUAACUAGUACUGGCAAUGGAACCAAUCCACCGAGUGAAAAGAUUAUUACACUGCCGAUAAAUGAACUGCUUGGUAUGCCAAGUUCAGCAGUAUACGUAGAUGGGCACAUUUCAGCGGCUGGUGGGCGCGUUCAACUGCCUGAUGGGAGAACUUCGCUUGACGUGGGACAUUCAGCAGUAGAUGGGCACAAUUUAGCGGCUGGUGGGCGCGUUCAUCUGCCUGAUGGGAGAACUUCGCUUGAUGUGGGCCAUUCAGUAGUAGAUGGGCACAAUUUAGCGGCUGGUGGGCGCGUUCAACUGCCUGAUGGGAGAAUUCAGCUUGAUGUGGGACAUUCAGCAGUAGAUGGGCAUAUUUCAGAGGCUGGUGGGAUCGUUCAACUGCCUGAUGGGAGAAUUUCACAUGUUGAUCAUAAAAUUUCAACAGCUGAGAGAAUUACACCGAUCGAUAGGAGAAUGACUGCAGUUGAGCGGAGAGUUUCACACGUUGAUCCAAGCGUUUCAAUUCCGGACGGUAGAAUUUUUAAUAUUGAUGGGUCAAUCUCACCAACUAAUAGGAUAAAUACAUUGACUGACGGGAGAAAUUUACCGUCUGAUGGGAGAAUGUCACCGGUUGAUGGUAGAAUUCCAUUGCCAGAUGGGAAAAUUUCAUUGCCUGAUCGGGGAAUUUCGCCAGUUGAUCGGAGAGUUUCAGCAGUUGAAAGGAGAGUUUCACAAGUUGAUCGGCGGAUUUCAGAUGUUGACCGCAGAGUUGUAGCGCCAAAUGGCGGAAAUCUAGCAAUUGAUGGCGUACUUUCGCCAAGUAGUGGACGAAUUUCGCCAAUUAAUAGGAUAUAUGACGACCCGAUGUUCAUACAUAACGAAUGUGUAAAACAAGCGUGUCCCUAUCCCAGCCUUUGUUAUAUUCCCCAUCCGAGAAGCUGUUUCCAUUUUAUUAUGUGUAGACCAUUGGAAAAUGGUCAGAUCAUAUCAACGGCAAUGCCGUGUGCGUUUGGCACAAAAUGGAAACCUGGGUUGGAGCCAUCAUGUGAUAGGUUUGAUCUAGUAGAUUGCCCAAUCGAUAAAUGUAAACAUCCGUCUGUAUCCGCAUAUACACACGACGACCGCAACUGCCGGACAUACUGGACGUGUGUCAAUGGACGAUCGAGGCCGGCUUGUUGCGCAAAGUACCAUUCCUUUGAUCCAGUUACCAACCAAUGUGUGAGUGAUAUACGGUGUGAUUCUGUGUGCCCUCUUCUCAAUGAUGCAACAUGCGGGGCUCCCGGAAUACGGCUCGCACAUUUUGCUGACGAAAACUGCCGAACUCACUGGGACUGCGAAAAUGGUCACCCCCACCCAGUUUGUUGUCCCGCUGGUCAGGGAUUCGACGUGUUCCGAUCCGAAUGCGUCCCUAACGCCAGCUGCACACAUCCUUGUCCGAAUGAAUAUUCCGAAUCCUGUUCAAUACCUGGGACAAAGUCAUACGGUAUCGUUACUGACAACAACUGUAGAACCUACAUUAAAUGUGACAAAUACGGGCAAGCUCACCCAUACUGUUGUCUUCCUGGUAUGAUGUAUGACGUAAAGGCGAAACAAUGUGUUCCUGGUGUCGGAAUGAAAUGUGUUAAUGCUAAAUGUCCAUAUGGUCAUCGAGAAGAAUGCAAGCUAGAGGUUGUACCAGGCAAUCCUCGAGUAUAUAAAAAUCUAGACUCUUUUGGUGGGAUUGUGAUGCCGUGUCCUGUUGGCACAGUCUUUAAUGCUUCCGGUUGUCAAUGUUCACCCGACUUAAUGGCACAGACAACAACUCUUAACCCAAAUGUUUGCACUAUGGCUAUCCAGGCGAUAUUUCCGGACCUGAAGAAUAUGGGUACAGCUGUUGCAGCCUUGCUGAUGAUCGGUGAAUACGGACAGGGCGAGACAGGGGUGGGAAACAUGCAGAGCUUCUGGGACGGAGGGGAUGGUAUAAGUAUACCAUUUUAUGGAUCCCAGUCCUUAAUUAAGCUGUACCUAGAGGCACGUUUCCGUCCGACAGCUGGUUCACAGAAGAAGCAAGUAUUUGUGACAAGCUGCAAUUACGUAGCUGGCGUUCCAACGUUUGAGGUCAGUUUAGAUCAGUUUCAAGGUACAGGUGGGACAAUAAAACUGCUGGCUAAAACUGAUGGCCUUCCAGGAUUGGCAGACAUUUCACUUCCUUACAAGUUCAACGAUGAGAUAUUGCUAAGAGUUAUAUACGAUGGUUCUAAAAUUGGUUUGUUCAUAGACAGUAAUGAUCCUACGAUGUCAAAGGGCGCUGUUCGUCCGUUAAAAGGGUUAAUAGCAAUACAUCGCAGUGGACUCCGGUUUUCUCACUGUAGAUAUGAAAAUAAUAUAUCUGGUUUUAUUGGAUUCGUCUCUGAGAUAAAAUUUACAAAAUGUUUGACAAAAGGAAUGCAAGAUGCCCUGGAUGCAGCCACUCCUGUUGUGUAAAAUUAAAAGGCGUAUAUCUGAAUGCACUACUGGUGUGCAACAUACUGCUUACUACAGCGGCUGUUUCUAUUUUUGUUGCAAACAACCUGACACAUGGCAAUAAAAAAGUGGCAAAAUAAUCUAAAAACUACUGCGGACACUGCGAAUAUAAGAUUGUUUAAAGUCUAUACGAAAGCCACGCAUACAGCACACAGCAUAUAGCCUAAAACAUAAAACUGUUAUAAGUGUCACUGACAAUCAUUUUGCCUUUGGAGACAAUUUAUUUUCCUAAGACAUCUGAGCGCUGUCAACUGAAUCUAAUAUUGUUUGUAACAUUAUAUGUAGUUUGAUAUAACACCAUAACAUCUGUCAUAAAUGUAUUUUUUACAAUUGAUAUGAAUUUGAUUUCGCACAUAAAUUUUUGUUUGAUAUGUAAUUUGUAAGAUAGAUAAAUGUUAUAAAAUCGAUAAUAAAUUUGCUAUUGAAUGUUG